UAAUGUUUUAGGAAUCUUAUUCCAAAAUCUCUUCUCGGCUUAAAGGAUGAUUAAAUAAGUGGGAAAACCACGAAUUGGUAAUUAAAUAGGUCCUAUAUAGUGUGACACCGGAGACGACAACGUCAUUUCCUUGCGCCAACGGAGAAAUUAAGCCGCGCGUCAUUACCAGACGAUGCUUAGUUUGUGUGCCUUUUAUGCUGAUAUUUUUUUUACUUGUUUUGUUACCUUCACCUUCGCUGACGAUCGCAUUUGGCUGUUUAGAUUAUCUGAUAAUCGUGGUAUUAAUUGUCAUAAGAUAAAAUGAAUAACGAGGAAAAACCAGGGAACAGUUGGGCAGUGGAAGGUGAUAAGCCCGCACGAGACGAACAAGAUGCAAUUCUGGCGCGACUCAGUGAUAUGUUUGGCGAAGUUGUCUCUUCCGACAAUAUUUUGACUGUCUGCAAUUUACUCAAGUGGCAACUGGAAGAUUGCAUCGAAGCGUUGAUUAGUUUGGGCUUAGAAAAGGAGGAAAAUACAAGCGACCACCAAGUGCUCACGAAUCCACAAAACAACAUCGAACGUAGAAUAGAAAGUACUCUCUGUUCGGAGCCCGUAACAUCAGCAGAAGUGAGUGUAAUCAACAUGGGUCCAGGAAGCCGAAAUUUGGGCGCCAUUCCAAAAUAUGCACUAAAAGCAAACAAUGCGAGCGAGAGACCGCACAGCGUGCGGAACGUGAACCAACUCCACCCCAACAACAUGGCAAACCUUCAAAAGCAACUUUCCUUGCAUCGUAAAGCGCCGCCUAGUAGAGUAAGGCAGUUAGAGCCUCUCCUGGGCAAAAUUCGACGAGGCUAUAAGAUCUUAGUGUUGAUGCGGGGACCUCCGGGCAGCGGGAAGUCUCAUCUGGCAAAGGAGAUUGUCCAGGCGACAGUCCCGGGUAGCGACUAUCGUAAUCACAUCUUUAGCACGGAUGAUUACUUUAUCGACCGCAACGGAAACUAUAUAUUUCGACCGGACGAGUUAUCUGUGGCUCACGCAACGAAUCAAAGGAGAGUUCACCAUCAAGCGAUGAACAGUUGGAGUCCAAUCAUCGUCGAUAACACAAAUAUCAGAAUUUGGGAAAUGUCUGACUAUGUGAAGAUUGCGGUGGAGUGCGGUUAUCUCAUUGAAAUUGUCGAGCCAAGAACACCGUGGAGCCAGAAGGCUGGGAAAUUAGCAGAAAAGAAUCGACAUGGUGUGCCGAAGGAGAAGAUCCAGUCUAUGUUGGAUAACUACGAGAAGGUAUCGGUGCCUCAGCUGCUAAAGAUUUACAACUGUAAAUAUUCCGAUACAGUACCUCAAUUACGUCUACUGCCUUCUGUUGUUGCACGAAUGAUGCCUAAAAUGCAACGACAAACCCGCAAAAGUAAAUCUAUUAAAGAUGUUGAAACCCAGAGCCAACCGAGCGAUGAUGAUGUUUUUGUAAACACACGAGAUGAGAAAGUGGAAGACGAAGAUGAGAAUAAUAUAGUUUUCUCUGCUGAGGACAUUGGAGACAACUGGAAGAGCUAUGAAGAGGAGAGUGAAGAAUAUUGGCAGGAGAAGCAGGCGGAAGAUGGAUUGAUAGAAAUAGUGGAAGAGUUACCGAAGCCUCCGCGACGUACAAACCAUCGGAAAGAAGGAGCAUCACCCACUUCCCAACAACAGAAAGAUUUGGACACCCGUGAGAACGAAAAUCAAGAAAAUGAGACGAGUAAGAGCGAAGAAUCAGCCCCUGAAAAUGAUCAAGAAUCUCCCAGGAUCACUGAGAGAUCUAUGGAACCAGAGAACGUAUCAGAGAAGUUGGAAAAGCAUGUUGUCGGCUGUGAAAAUGAAAAUCAAUUAUUCGCAACUCUUCGGCAAAUUUACCCGAAUAAGCAAAUUGAUGGCUUAUGGGAUCUUUUUGAAAAAUGCCAAGGAAAUAUAGAUUGGACUGUUGAUAUUUUGCUGAAAGACGAUUCGUGUGUCGAUCAACAGUUAGACGAAAUCCUUCCGAAUAUCUACUGUAACUGUAAAUUCAAAGGUCAAGAGGCGGAAUAUGAAGAAAGUGCUGAAAACGUAAAAAUAAGCGAAGAAGUAAAAAAUCUAAUGAGUCCGAAAAAGCAAAGAGUGAAGCGAGAUAAGUCCAAUAAAAAUGUAAGUGAUUUGCAAGACAUCAAAAAGUCGAUCGAAAUGCAAUUUGUAUUGGGUGAUCAGCAUUAUUCUGAACGAACGAAAAGGAUUCGGAAUUUGCGUCAUGGCAUGAAUGGUGGCAAUGAUCAGGCAGUUAAUCUGGAGCAAACAUCCGAAAGUGACGAUAUUCAAGUGGCCAUUGAAGCAAAAGAAAACGAUGAUAUGGUAUCCGACGUUGAAGAAGGGGAGGUUGUGGAGAUUGUCUUGGGUGACUCUAUGGUCGAACAACUGUCCAAUAUGUUCGAAUUGGAUUUGAUUCCAAAAAACAUGAUAAGGGAUCUAAAAACGAAUGUUUUCAUUCCAAAGUCAUUAGCUUAUCAACUCUAUCUCAUUUGGGUGGAAUCCGUGUACAAUCAAGUUGAAGAGCAAAAAUACAAAACCCUAAAAGAAGACGAGGAAUUAGCAAAAAUGCUAUCCUUGCAACGCGACAACAAACAGUGUACAGACGUGAAGAGCCUCGGAGAAGAGCUUGUAACCCAAUUAUAUAGUGCAGAUCGCAACAGCUGGGAUUCAAAUGGAGAAGAUCUGGCAUCGCAUUUAACCAAACUGAAAUUGUGCGAACAGUUUCCGAAAAUCGGACAACAGACACUAUUCGAAACACUGGGAACUCUUGACAAUCGAUAUGAAGACACAGUUCAAAUCCUACAGGAUACGUUCCAACAACAAAGCGAAGCAGUAUCACAGGAAACUGAGACGCAAGGAGAUGCCGACGGGGAUAUGGAUAUGGGAAAGAUGCCUUCUCAGGUACAUCUUGAUUCAGCAUUCUCUGCAGGGAACAACUUGAGCCCCGAAGAAGCGAAGAAAAUUGCUCUACACAACUUUGAAAUCAAUCGAAAUAUGGCUGUUCACCAUAGCCAGUUGAAGGCCGAAUGUUACCAGAAGGCGAAGCAAGCUAUUCAGAGGGGAAAUACUGCUGUUGCGGUUUACUAUUCCCAGAUAGCUGACUUGCAUAAACAAAAGGUCGAUACGUACAACCACACGGCUGCGAAUUAUAUCGUUGCUGUCCACGAUGUCACCCAGAAUAAUCCAGAUUUCAUUGAUUUGCAUUACUUGCACGUAUCUGAAGCCGAGCAAUGCUUGGAUGUGUUUGUUGACAAGCACAUACGCAAAUUGAAAAGUAUAAAUAAAGCCUACAAAUAUAUUUUUAUAAUAACUGGUCGUGGAUUGCACAGCGCGGGCGGUGUCUCUAUAAUCAAGAACAAAGUAAAGUCCAGACUGAAGGAGCGUAACUUAAACUGGACUGAACUAAACCCUGGCCUAUUGAAGGUAAAAGUUUUCUCUACGUCUAAAUUCGCACACAAGACAAGCAUUUGAUCCACGUUAAAAUUCUACAUGACCACUAUCGACAUUCUUAUUUGAACAAAAUAGAUCUAAGUUCGGAGUGUCUACGACAAUUUGUCUGCGAUGUAAACCGCAAAUUGCAUGAAGACAAUUUACAAUACAAACCAUUUUCACCGAUGCUGAACGCGACGUCAAUGUCUUAAGUUUCAAUUUGAAACGUAUUUGUUAAUUUCUUUUCGUUAUAAAGAAUGUGAUUUUAUUUGAAUAGUGGUUGAAUUGUACCUGUUGAAUAUUUUAUUUUUAUAUUAUUAAAAAAGUGAAAACUACACUUUGAAGAUGUAGUGAUUUUAAUGGAAACAAAAGAAUUAUUGUUUCGGGAGUUAUUUUUUAAAAAUCACAAAAGUCAUUAAGGGAAUACCCGAAGACGCUGACGCUUCUGAUAUUUCGGUCUCAUAUUUUUAUACUCCAUGCAGGAAAUAUAGUUAGUUAAAUAAAAAAGAACAUUAUGUUUAUAUGUGGUUCUAUCGGAACUACUAGUCACUUGAA